UAUGAGGCCGCGGGGCGCCUCACCCACAGAAGUGCCAGGACCGAUCCUGGCCAGGCGCGUGAUGACUCCCCUGAGCCCCGCGGGGGUCCUCUGCCUGCUGUCCCUGCUCGUCCCAGGUGAGGCCCUGCAAGUGAUCCUGGUGGCCCCCAACACCACGGUGCCCGAGAAGGCCGCCUUCCAGCUGGACUGCAGCAUCGCGUCUCGCUGGAGCCAGGACUCCCGCUUCGCUGUGGCCUGGUUUUCCCUGAGGACAAAUGUCAGGGGGGAAAAGGGCAGCCCUGGCCUGGCAGGACAGGAGGAGCAGGAGGAGGAGCAGGAGGAGGAACAAGAGGAGGAGCAGGGGGAGGACCCCACGGAGAGUACUGCGCUGCUGAGCGUGGGCCCUGAUGGGGUCUUCAGCCCAGAGGGAGGCCCCUGGGAGGGCAGACUCCGCUUCCAGAGGCCCUCGCCGCUGCUCUUCCGGCUCACGGUGCUGCAGGCCAGCCCGCAGGACACGGGCAACUACUCCUGCCGCGUGGAGGAGCGGCUGCCCAGCCCUCAGGGAGAUUGGUACCUGCUGGCCAAGGAGGAGUCGGCCCCCAUCAGCAUCCGCGUCCUGGACACUGGCUCCACCCUGCAGUCCAGCUUCUGGUCCAACAACAAGCUCUUCUACUUUGUCUUCUUGUGCCCCGUCCCCAUCUCCGGCAUCCUCAUCACCAUCGUGCUGGUGCGCUUCAGGAGGUAGAAACCCCCUGAGAUCUCCAAAGUGCAAAAUGGGGUGCCCUUGAUAGAGUUCCAAGAUCUGCACUCAACUACUCCCCAACGUGCCUGGAGCCCCCGGUGCUCAGCAUCCACCCAGGAUCAUAGACUAAGGGGCCUCCGUGGAUGUCGACCUCGGAGGAGCCGAGAGCCUCUUUGCCGCCUCUGCUCCGUGACUGGCCGGUCGGCCGCGCCCGCCCUGUGGUGCCCAGAGAUGUCAGACUAGACCGCGGGCGGAGGCGCCGCGGCCACAGAGCCAGGCUGCCUCGGGGUGGUCGUCGGCGGGGGGCUGCUUCCAGGGAGAUGGUGUCAUCUGCAGAGUUGGGGUUUUGGCUUUGGUCUUGGUACUGUCGUGAGUAGCUCCAGGUGCCACAUCUGCUCGCUGGUUUCUCUGGCGUCCUCACAGGAGGCUGCGGGUUCUUAUUCUUUGUAAUGGACUUUCUACAGCCCUUUGGUUGACCCUUUUUGGAUUCCACGACGUUGUGGAAGAUCUUCUCUCACACCUGCUGGCAGGAGGAAGGACGAACUGUGUAACACGAAGGAUCUCUUCCCAGACGUUUUGUUUUGACACUUGAAGAUGCCACCCGAGGAUCAAAAUACAUGCAACCGUUUUUCACUUUCUCAGCAAGACUUGGAAACUACGUGUUGUGUGGGCCCGAUUUGUAUCUUCUCUCCUCCCUCAGCUGGAGCUGUUGGAGCCACUUCUUAGUCAAUGUGAAAGAACUGCGUUUUGCUUCAAGAGCUGUGAGAGAGAGAAAUCCUGCCUGCUCUCCCCCAGGAGAAGAUGGUGCCCAGCCAGCCGAUCUGUCAGGGGGCCCCCAAAAGGUGUCAUCUCAACUUUGCCAAAAAAGAGAAAACUUUCUUGGAGGAAAAGUCCAAAACGACCCACAGUUCACACUCCCCAAGUGGAGGCAGGCGGAGGCCGCUUUUAGCAUCGACGACUUUCAGAAGCACCGAAGCCGGUGACGGGACGAGGGAAGUUGGUGGCUUGUUCUGUGCUGCCAGCGCGGCCUCUGCGGCUCUGAGCCCACUGGCUUCUACUUUAAGGUGCUUUGGCCAACUCUGAAGGUUAAGGGGCCACUGGGCUGCAAGGGGGACCCUCCUGAGCUGACCACAGGGGCCGCCCCACAGCCACCCCCCAGGCAGACGGUCCUGGCUGCCCUAAGGAGGGCCCCAACUUGCCGACAGCUGCGUUUCUCAAAGGGGCACCAGGGGUGGGGUCUGCAGAGCCUAGUGGUACAGGGUGGGGAGGAAUAACGGCACCUCCCGGGAGGUAUGAGAAGUGGGGUUGCUCUUCUUCCUUCCAAGCUUAUCUCCAUGAAGAUGCUGACGUCUCUGUUUUCAUCUCCCCCCACCCCCAAUCUCACUGCCAUGGAACAUGAGCCCGGACAUCCCAGGCGGCCUCUAGUGUGUCCGGCUUCCCUCCUCUCGGGAAGGCGAGCACCUGUGUUGUCUGCAUCUCACGCCCUUCCCUUUCUCACUGCUCGGGGCUUGAGGUGAUUGUUCAUUGUUAGGAUUUUUUUUUUUAAUUUUAAUUCCAUUUGCAGCCCAGCAAGCGUCAGUGUCACCCUCUUAUUUUACACUAGAUGGUGCUCCCUUGAGCAUCGUCGAUUGUCCUCCCCAGAGAUAUGUUUCUGUCCUGGAGUUCCCAUGUUGUGACGAAGAUUGCCGUCUCCCUUCCUCUGUGAACUUGCGUCUUGAAUCCCCAGGGAGAUGCCAACCUGGAAAGAGCCACCAGGGAUGCUGAAACUUAAUGGAUGGAGAGAUGGCUGCAAAACCUCGUUCUGAGACUGAACAGACUGGGGGAGGCUGUGGGGUUGCCCGGGCCGAGUGGAUGCUGCUGGCCCUUAUCGGGGUCUGCAGGUGGAGGGUGCACAGCAGCUACUAAGCCCGUUUCUGGCAGGUGGUGUAACCCUGCUGCUUUUCCUCCCAGGUAGCCCAAGGUGCUCUUUAGAGACACCCUCGUCCCACCGCUGUCCCCAUGCUCAUCCCUAUUUAUUACGCUGCAUCGACACUUCUGAGGUGCAGAAUCGACUCAGUGGCGAGGAAGGAAGGCAUGCUUUGCCCCAUUUGGCGGUGGAAAUUGCCUACCCCUAACUUAGAAAUUGAGUCAGGGAGGGCGAUGUCUGCCUGUUUUCUGAUUGGAAAGAUGCAGAGGGCUGCCUGGGACGGGUGUGCAACUAAGAUUUGGGUUUGAAUGGGUUCACAGCUGUAGAAUAGCAGGUGCUGCAGGUAAUUCACUAUGUGAAGAAGUUGCAGGAAAUGUGAAAAAAAAAUGUGAAAAAAAAAUGUGAAAAAAAAAAAAAGAAGAAACCGGAGCCAGUAUUUUAAUUUUUUUUUCCUCUGUAUUUUCUAUUGACCUGGGGGAGACCUUCCAAAGGUGAGCCUCUCCAAGCUUUCUUUUUUUUUUUAAAUAAAUUUUAUUUUUAUAUUCCCCAUAUAAUAGCAACCCCCUUAUUUUGACCUCAAUCCCUCCCCUCCCCGCACCCCACUCCCCAUAGAGUGUCUCUGGUUCAUAGUUUUUUUGUUGAUUUUGUUCUCCAAGCUUUCCAGGAAAAUCCCCAGGACCUGCUUGCUUGGCCCUUGUCUUGGGAACUGUGGUGUCCGAGGACAGGAGAUGGUGCCCCCCAGUGGCCGCGGGGCCUCAUUGCACGUUGCCCGCAGGCGCUUCCGUGGUCUGGACCAAGAGGAAAUCUGCAGCCACUCGCUUGACUUGGGCACAUCUCCGAGGCUGCAUUGAUGAAACACCACAGUGUGCGAGGCCCGUUCCAGGACACGGAGAGGACCGCGCCCUCUCUCCCCUGGGGUUUCUGUAGCAGAUUUUCCUAUUCUUUUCAAACAAUGGUUUCUCUGCGUUGAUGGGUGAAGGAAAAAAAGGUGGGGUCAGAAAGCUCCCCGUGCAUGAUGUAGAGAGCUGUUGGUUUGCUUUUGUUUGCUUUUUUUUUUUUAAGGAACACGCUUUGUAAGAUGUUGCACUAAAAUGUUUUAUAUACAUUUCAGAGACCUGUAGUAAAUUAUGUUGAAAA